AUGGGCGAGUACUCGAAAGCACUUUCAUCGUUCGAGCGAUCACUUGAAAUCCGAAAAAUAGCUCUUCCUCCGAAGCAUUCUGAAUUGGCUACUUCCUACGCCAACAUUGGUGUGGCGUAUCAUCACAUGGGCGAGUACUCGAAAGCACUUUCAUCGUACGAACGAGCACUUGAAAUCCAAAAAAUAGCUCUUUCUUCGAAUCAUCCGGACUUGGCUACAUCCUACAACAACAUCGCUUUGGUGUAUGCAAAUAUUGGUGAGUAUUCGAAAGCACUUUCAUCAUACGAACCAUCACUUGAAAUUCGGAGAAUAGCUCUUCCUCCGCGUCAUGUCGACUUCGCUCAAUCCUACAACAACAUCGGUUCGGUGUAUAAGGACAUGGGCGAGUACUCGAAAGCACUUUCAUCGUACGAACAAUCACUUGAAAUCUACAACAUAGCUCUCCCUCCGAAUCAUCCCGACUUAGCCAGUAUCUACAACAACAUCGGUUUGGUGUAUAUGAACAUUGGAGAGUACUCGAAAGCACUUUCAUCGUACGAACGAUCACUUGCAAUCCGGGCAAUAGCUCUUCCUCAGCACCAUGUCGACUUCGCUCAGUCCCACAACAACAUCGGUUCAGUGUAUUAUCAUAUGGGUGAGUAUCCGAAAGCACUUUCAUCGUUCGAACGAGCACUUGAAAUCCAAAAAAUGGCUCUCCCUCCGAAUCAUCCCGAUUUGGCUGGUUCCUACAAUAACAUCGGUAUGGUGUAUAAUAACAUGGGCGAAUACUCAAAAGCACUCUCAUCGCAUGAACGAGCGCUUGAAAUAAAAAAAAAUAGCUCUUCCUCCGAAUCAUCUCGACUUGGCCGCUUCCUACAAUAA